AAUUAAAAAAAAUAGUUAUCAUCAGCGUUCUUUAACGCCUUUGUAACUUUAAACUUUAAGUUUAGUUCUUCAACGAAAUAAUUUCUGUUGUGUCACGGUGUGACACCUAACCUCGUUUUUUCCUGUCAUAUCUGUCAUCGGUAAUUUGGUCAUUGACCACUGGGGCAACUGCGGAAUUUGCUUGUGUUAAUUUUUUCCCCGGUAAGGUGCCAUGCGAUGACUAAAUAAUCCCCCAAUGUUUUCAUUUCCUAAAUAAUGCAAGUGAACGACCUGACGUCAAUUGAUCCAAAUGUGGAUUACACCCAGUUUUUCUUAACUUCUCCAAAUAGAUUUUACCCAUACAACAAAAGCGCACGAUAGCCUUUAUUAACCACUUUGUUAUGAACACGGUCUCAUUUUUAAACCAUUUUGCACAAUCAUGUGAAUCGCGUUUAAUGGAAUUUGAAUACAAAUUGCAAGAAGUUGAAGCUUCUUUACUGAUUCUCGAGUCGCAAUUGGCGUCUGUGCCGCAUUUAGGUGAAGACGAAAUAAAAGUUGAAAAUUUGCCCCAAAACGACGCAAAUUCAGAGUUGAAUCUUCCAGUUGUUAAAGAUGAAGAUGAAGAGGAAACAAAAGAGAGCGUUGUUGAAGUUGAUUUAAGUAUAGAUCCAAGGUACCAAAAGUUUUUCAAGAUGUUGCAAUUCGGGGUUCCUCCAGCUGCUGUCAAGUUGAAAAUGCAAUCUGAAGGAGUUGACCCAAACAUUUUAGAUGCACCAUCAAAAUCAACCAUCGAACAAACAGAUCAUGUUUAAGUUAAAUAAUCCAAUGUUUUUCAAAAAUAAAACACGUGAUGAAUUAGAAAAA